UACAACACCAUAACGCCAUAUUGAUACCGAAACGAGACUCGAAAUUUUUGCUAUACCAAAUUUGUUUCUUUACGGAAAAAAACCGCACGCGUAAAACGCCGAUAAUAAAAAUUUAUUAUUUAAAGCUGUUAAAAAGCAAAUUAAAUAACUAGAAAAUGGGUGUACAAAUUGUGCCAAUUGCUCCUGGUGAUGGUAGCACCUAUCCCAAGAAUGGACAAGUUGUUACUGUCCACUAUACCGGCACCUUGGAUGAUGGCACCAAAUUCGAUUCGUCCCGCGAUCGUAAUAAGCCCUUCAAAUUCACCAUCGGCAAGUCCGAAGUGAUCCGUGGUUGGGAUGAGGGCGUGGCUCAAUUGUCUGUAGGUCAACGUGCCAAGUUGAUCUGCUCUCCUGACUACGCUUAUGGUUCUCGUGGCCAUCCUGGUGUUAUCCCACCAAAUGCCACCUUGACUUUUGAUGUUGAAUUACUCAAGGUAGAGUAAGAAAAAGUAAGAGAAGUUUUUUUUUUUUGGAUACCAGCAUAUGGAACUUGAAGAUGCAUUUAAAAUUUAAACAAAAAACAACAACAACCUUUAAACACACAACAUCCCACAAGAUUAUUAAAUUAAUAUUGUAGUUGUAAUACACAAAAUUAUACUCUUCUACUCCAUAUUAUAUUAGAAAUAUUUAAUAUACACUCUCUAAAUAUUUAAUAACAAACUUUAUUAACUUAAACAACAACAACAAACAAACAAAACUUACAAAAAACGUAAAAUAUACCAACAAUUUUAUACUUACUCUUUAUAAUAUCUAUACACAACAAAAGGAUGUUUUGUCCGACAUCCUUUUGUUUAAAUUUUUUUCUUUUUUAAAGUGAUGAUGAAUAUAAAAGGGGGAGAUAACCAACAUCUACUAUCCCCCCGCAACAAUACAAAUAAACUUAGUGUACUAUUAUUAAUAUUAUUAUCGUAAAACAAACAUAUAUAAUAUAUAAACGUAAAAAUAUUAUUGGCUUAACAAAAAAAAAAAAAAAAAAACAAAUGAAUGAAUGCUUUUCUUAAUAAUUGUAUUUAGCUUAAAUCUUAUUAAAACAAAAUAUUUAAAAAAAUAAACAUACUUUAUCUUAAUUAUAAGCUACUAUUCUUAAUAAUAACAAUUUUUCAAAUCUUUUUGUGAAAAUUCCAAAAAAACAAAAAAUCAAAUCAAACAUGAAUUAAAUACAUCUUAGAGAAUCGUCAGAAGUUGUAACUAAAA